GAAUACUUACUGUCAGGCGCUGACAUAAUUGAAACUAACACUUUCAGCAGCACCCGAGUUGCACAAGCUGACUAUGGCCUUGAGCAUUUGGCAUAUCGGUUAAACAGAGCUUCUGCACAGGUGGCCAGAAAAGCAGCAGAUGAUGUAACUGCUCAGACAGGAACUAGUAGAUAUGUUGCUGGAGCCAUGGGUCCAACAAACAGGACACUCUCUGUGUCACCAUCUGUGGAGAGACCGGAUUACAGGAACAUAACUUUUGAUGAACUGGUUGAAGCCUAUAAGGAGCAAGCCAAAGGACUUUUGGAUGGAGGAGUUGAUAUCUUGUUAGUGGAAACCAUAUUUGACACAGCCAAUGCCAAGGCAGCUCUUUUUGCACUCCAAAUGUUGUUUGAGGAAGAGUAUGCUCCCCGACCCAUAUUUGUUUCUGGAACCAUUGUGGAUAAGAGUGGGCGUACCCUCUCAGGCCAGACAGGAGAGGCAUUUGUCAUUAGUGUUUCCCACAGUAAGCCACUUUGUAUUGGUUUAAACUGUGCUUUAGGGGCGGUUGAAAUGCGACCAUUCAUUGAAACAAUUGGAAACUGUACAACAGCCUACAUCAUCUGUUACCCCAACGCAGGUCUUCCCAAUACUUUUGGUGGUUACGAUGAGACUCCAGAAGUGACUGCCCAGCACAUAAAGAAUUUGGCUUUGGAUGGUUUGGUCAACAUAGUUGGAGGUUGCUGUGGUACUACACCAGCACAUAUCAGGAAAAUUGCUGAAGCUGUGAAAUUCUGUAAGCCUCGUGUUCCACCUUCUCUCUUUCAAGGGUACAUGCUGCUAUCAGGUCUGGAGCCAUUCAGGAUUGGGCCAUAUACCAACUUCGUUAAUAUUGGCGAACGCUGCAAUGUUGCAGGAUCACGGAAGUUUGCUAAACUCAUCAUGGCAGGCAACUAUGAAGAAGCCCUGAGUGUAGCCAAAUUGCAAGUUGAGAUGGGGGCCCAGGUUCUUGACAUCAAUAUGGAUGAUGGGAUGCUGGAUGGCCCUGCUGCAAUGACCAGAUUUUGUAACUUGAUUUCUUCAGAACCUGAUAUUGCGAAGGUGCCGUUAUGCAUUGACUCAUCAAAUUUUUCAGUGAUUGAAGCAGGUUUGAAAUGUUGCCAAGGGAAAUGCAUUGUAAACAGCAUCAGUCUGAAGGAAGGUGAGGAAGACUUUUUGGAGAAGGCAAGGAAAAUUAAGUUGUAUGGAGCAGCUGUGGUUGUCAUGGCUUUUGAUGAAGCGGGGCAGGCAACAGAAACAGAAACCAAGAUAGCAAUCUGUUCCAGAGCUUAUCACCUCCUUGUGGAAAAAGUGGACUUCAAUCCAAAUGAUAUAAUAUUUGACCCUAAUAUUUUGACCAUAGGAACCGGAAUGGAAGAACAUAACCUGUAUGCCAUGAAUUUUAUCAAUGCUACUAAAACCAUAAAAGAAACACUGCCAGGAGCCAGGAUAAGUGGAGGUCUUUCCAAUCUGUCUUUCUCCUUUAGAGGAAUGGAUGCCAUUCGAGAAGCAAUGCAUGGAGUGUUCCUUUACCAUGCGAUUAAGUAUGGCAUGGACAUGGGAAUUGUGAACGCUGGGAAUCUGCCAGUGUAUGAUGAUAUCCACAAGGAAUUGCUACAGCUGUGUGAGAAUCUAAUCUGGAACAAAGAUCCUGAUGCGACAGAGAAACUUUUACAUUAUGCUCAGAAUCAUGCCCAAGGAGGAAGAAAAGUUGUACAGACGGAUGAGUGGCGGAAGGGCUCUGUGGAGGAAAGGCUGGAAUAUGCUCUCAUAAAGGGCAUUGAGAAGUAUGUCACUGCAGAUACAGAAGAAGCAAGGUUAAAUCAGGAAAAGUAUCCUAGACCUCUAAAUGUAAUUGAAGGGCCUUUGAUGAAUGGCAUGAAAAUCGUUGGUGAUCUUUUUGGUGCUGGAAAGAUGUUUCUGCCUCAGGUGAUAAAGUCUGCUCGAGUUAUGAAGAAAGCGGUUGGCCACCUUAUUCCCUAUAUGGAAAAAGAAAGAGAGGAAAGGAGAGCCGAACAGGGCAGCAUAGAGGAAGAGGAUCCUUAUCAUGGUACAAUAGUACUAGCAACUGUGAAAGGAGACGUACAUGAUAUCGGCAAGAACAUUGUGGGAGUCGUUCUGGGCUGCAACAACUUCAGAGUUAUUGAUCUAGGAGUCAUGACUCCAUGUGAUAAGAUAUUGAGAGCUGCUGUUGAGAACAAAGCAGAUAUAAUUGGCCUGUCUGGUCUCAUCACCCCUUCUUUGGAUGAAAUGAUUUUUGUCGCCAAGGAAAUGGAGAGACUGGCAAUAAAGAUUCCUUUGCUGAUUGGAGGAGCAACUACUUCUAAAACACACACAGCUGUUAAAAUUGCCCCACGAUAUAGCGCACCUGUAAUUCAUGUCCUGGAUGCAUCCAAGAGUGUUGUGGUUUGCUCCCAGCUCUUAGAUGAAAGUGUAAAGGAUGAUUUCUUUGAAGAAAUAGUAGAGGAAUAUGAAGAAAUUAGACAAGAACACUAUGAGUCUCUUAAGGAAAGAAGAUACUUGUCUCUACAGCAAGCUAGAAGAAAAGGUUUCCAUAAUGACUGGUUAUUAGGCCAUAAACCAGUUAAACCAAAAUUCAUUGGCACAAAAGUCUUUGAAGAUUACGACCUGAAGAAGCUGGUAGAAUACAUUGACUGGAAGCCUUUCUUUGAUGUCUGGCAACUUAGGGGAAAGUAUCCCAACCGGGGCUUCCCUAAAGUCUUUAAUGAUAAAACUGUAGGUGAAGAAGCAAAGAGAGUUUAUAAUGAUGCUCAAAAUCUACUGAAAACAUUGAUUAAUCAAAAGAAACUACAAGCCAGAGGCGUGGUUGGGUUCUGGCCAGCUCAAAGUGUUCAAGAUGAUAUCCAUUUAUAUGCAGUAGAAGACGCAGUGGGAUCUUCAGAACCAAUAGCAAAAUUUCAUGGCUUGAGGCAACAGGCUGAGAAAGACCCUGCCUGCACAGAUCCAUAUUACUGCCUCUCUGACUUCAUUGCACCACUGGAUUCUGGCAUUUGUGACUACUUAGGCCUGUUUGCUGUGGCCCUCUUUGGUGUAGAUGAGUUAUGCAAUGAAUUUAGGAAACAGGAUGAUGAAUACAACAUCAUCAUGGUAAAGGCUCUUGGUGAUCGGUUGGCAGAGGCAUUUGCUGAGGAGCUCCAUGAAAGGGUUCGAAGGGAAUUCUGGGCUUACUGUAGUACUGAGCAGCUAGAUCUCUCUGACCUACGCAGAAUUAAAUACGAGGGAAUUCGCCCUGCCCCUGGAUAUCCAAGCCAGCCUGACCAUACAGAAAAACUCACAAUGUGGAAACUUGCAAACAUUGAGGAAACAACAGGAAUUGGUUUAACUGAAUCACUAGCAAUGCUACCUGCUUCUGCAGUUUCUGGCCUCUACUUUUCCAGUCCCAAAUCCAAAUAUUUUGCUGUUGGCAAGAUAUGUAAAGAUCAGGUUGAAGAUUAUGCACUGAGAAAAAAUUUGUCUGUGGCAGAGGUGGAGAAAUGGCUGGGACCCAUUUUGGGAUAUGAUACUGAAUAA